CGCUUCUUCUGGAGAGCCGCACAUCAGCUCAGCGGCGGCGCGAUCGGGAGUCGUGAUGCUUUCUCUGGAUCUCCUGAAGCCGAAACAGACCGAGGAGGUUUGCAGCUGCUGUUGAGUGCGGGGUCCCGCAGAGCAGGAGGAGGAGGAGGAGGAGGAGGAGGAGGAAGAGGGGGAGAGUUUUCCUUCAUGCACCGCGGAAUUUCCCUCCACAUGCCGGCCGAGCGGAGCCGCAAUAAGGAGCUGCUGGAGGCCAGCGUGGCCUGGCUGUGGGAGCUGGAGGAGCUCCGAGAGCGGCAGCACAACCUCGUCCUGACCGCUUUGGCGCUGGGGGCACCGCCGGCAGGGGGCGAGCUGGAGCCCGAGCCUGGAGGCUGCGUGGAGCCGGAGGAGUGGGCUUUCAGACGGAGGCUGGACCGUCUCCAGGAUGCCCCCAUUGGGCUGAUGCAGGUACUGCAGCAGCAGUUCAGUGAGCUAAGGGUGGACAUGUGUGACCAGAGCGCAGAAGAUGAUCUGGACAGUCCCUCGAGCUCAGGUUUUUAUGAGCAGAGUGAAACUCAGUCCCCUCCAAGGCGCUCCAGCUCCUCCCCUAGCCUCUCCUUCCCCAAUCAUAGGCCAAGAUCUGUGGAUGCCUACAUGUGGGACUGGGAAGGUCAGAGGGAACCUACCCCUCGCACCAUCCUGCCACGUUCAUUCUCUGCCCCCUACCCCCCUCUAGAGGGCAUUGCAGAGGGAAUUGAGGAGGAAGAGGAUGAAGAAGAAGAAGUUGAUAAUGAAGAUGGGGCUUUGUGGUCCGAACGCCAGGUGAUAAAUGGAGAUCCCUUGAAUAGACAUGAAAUGGGCCUUACUGUGGAGAUGAAUGAAGGCCCCAAUGGGGAAGUCAAUGUGGACAUAGAUGGCCCCACUGAGGAGACUGAUGAGGGUCCUGUUGAGGAAGUAGAUGAGGGUCCCACAGUAGAGGACAUUCAACAAGCAAUGCGUGUGGAGGCCUAUAUUUUGGGCCUCCUACAGCGCUGCUCCCUUAACCCAAAUCCCAGCCCUUCCGCAGACCUCAAUUUUACCUCUAACCACUGGCAAGACCUACAUUCUUACCCACCCAUGACAACCAACUAUUGUGACUCUACACCUGGCCAGUUAGAAUGGCAAGAAUGGGCAGCCCUCAAUGAGGAAGAAGAUGGUGGAGAGGAGUCACAAGAAGGGUUCUACAUGCCCCCUCUAGAUCCACAGGAUGGGCCAGCCUCUCUAGUAUGUGAAGAUCCAGAAUCCUCCUUAGAGAUGGAGCAGUAUGGAGCUAUGAAGCCUUGCACCAGCAAUAGUGAUGGUGACUCACUUCAGCACCAACGAGGCUACCUAGAGCAUCACGCUACAGUGUUGGACCCUAUGUCAUCCUCAAGCUACAUCCGCACCCGUAUUUCUCCACCUGCAACACUUGAGUCUGCCAAACAAGACUGGACACCUCGUUUACCAAGAAUGCAUCAGGAGGAAAGGUGGGGCUCAGUCGAGGAAAGACGUGGCAAGACAACAAGCCGAUCUCAAUCGGAAGGAAGCUUCCCACCCCAAGGGUGGACUGUCCAACCAGAACAUAGGUACUAUACAGUGGGACGGGACAGAGGCACUCACGGCAUAGAUGAAGACUAUCUGUCCAGUCAGAGGCUCUGGUGCUCCUCAGCAGACCUUAGCCAAGAGGAGGAGGAGCCAUCACUCAGAGGGGAGGAGCCUAUGCUCAAAUACACAAGCCUACCUUUUCACACCUUCCCUCAGUACACAGAGCAGAGCCAGCAUCUUAGAAACGGGACGAAUGCUAGAGCUAGCCAUGGUGACGGCUCUGACUCUAGCCUGAGUGAGACGUGCUCUCCAAGGUCCAGCUCUGUUUCUAGUGAUUCAGACGAGAGCGGGGGACUUGUCUGGCCUCAGCAAUUGCCUCCACGUUUGCCUGCUUCGUCCCAGAAUGCCCAGAGCUCUGUGGUCAAGAUCAAAGCUUCACAUGCACUGAAAAGGAAGAUCAUGCGUUUCCGCUCAGGCUCACUCAAGGUCAUGACUACUGUCUGACCAUGUAUGUUGCAUGUGGGAUCACGUAGGUUCAAUAAAUGGUCGUGCAAGUAACGAUUUUUAUCCCAGGUCCACCCCAUAACAUUAAUUACCAGCUCCAGUGGCUUCCUCAGUGUUAGAUGGACCCUGUUGGAAGUUGAUCUAAUUCUGAGUGCAACUUAUCCUGAAAUACUAGUUUAUCACAGCUCAAUUCCUGUGCAGGCAACUGAAGCAAUGAAAACUCAAGAAUUUUCUGGAACUAUUGAGUGACGAUGUGCCUUGUGACGUGUCCUGUUUUUAAUGCUGGAAGUGUCACUAUGAACUUGGUCAACAAAGAUGUGUACGCUUUACUCACUGGGUAUUAAGGCCUAAUCUGUACCAUGACAUUCCCCACAUUAUCAUACUGCCUGUACAGUUGAUGACUCCAUGGAUUUGUGUUGCUUGUGCCAAAUUCUGAUCCUCCCAUCAGCAUGAUGGAAAGUAACCUGGAUUUGUCCGACCAGGCAACUUUUUUCCACUCUCAAACUCCCAGUUUUGAUGUUCCUGUGCCCACUGGAGGCAUAUUUUCUUGUUUUUUGCUGACAUCACCCGCUGUCAUCUUGGGGUUUUGUAGGAUAUUUGAGACAAAAUCUAUUACAUUUUGCACUCUGAAUUUGGAUGUGAUUUGCCUGAUUGUGGCCUAUUUGCUUGCACAAUUCUCCGUUGAACCCUCUAGUCCACAAGCUGUUUUUGUCUAACAGUUCAGUGAUCACUGGUAGUUUUUGCUCUUUGCACUGUUCUUGUGCAACUCUUGAACCGGUUCUGCUUGAAAAGUCGCAAACAUUUGGGAGAUGCUAAAACGCAUUCAUGUCCAGAAUGCUCAUUUGAACAAUAACUGAUACUACAAAGUCCAGCUUGCUCUACACUGCAGUCACAUGACGUACGGGGUGUACAAAUUAAACUGCCAACUGAUGGAGACUUACCAGGUCAUAUACCUUUUUUAUUUGGUGAAAGAGACUUAAGUACUGUUCUCAUUAUGAUUGUCCUCUUUUGACUUUUGUGCUCUUUCUGGGCACCCAUACCUCAGAACUCAAGGGAAGUCUUAGAAUGAGACACCGUCCUGCUGCUGCCGCCGAUGUCUUAUCCCGUCCCGGGAUGGGCCUGAGACUGAAAGACCCCAUACUGCACCUUAUAACAAACUUGUUUUCAUGCACCUGUGGUCUCGUGCUGCUAAAGCAAUUGUGCCUCUCUUUGGUGCAUAGCCUAGACAGAGUACGACUGUGUACCACAUCAACACUGCAAAUGCAGAAUUAAUUCUUGUUGUGUUGAGUUAAAUCUAACAUGUUUCAUAUCCCGCAGAGAUCAAGUAAACACUGCAGGCAUUAAUGUGACACUGCUAAUUUGACUAUGUAAUGGAACACAGUGCAAAGAGGGAUUCUUUGACAUUUAUGUUCUUCAAACCCAGGUGAGGGUUUUCACCAAUAUUUUCACAGGUUUUAUUUGAAGAGUCUGAAGAAGGCUCUACUAGUAAUUGUUUUCUUUUGCACGCUUCAACUUCAUACUGGGUGGUUAAACAUUGACAUACAGCAGUUGUUCCCAAGUCCUAAUCGUUGAGUAACCUGUUCUGCAUAGUUUAGCAUUGGUUGGUUCAACUCAUCAAGUAAUUAACAAACUUUCCUGAGGUGAACUGGAUGCAUUACUAUAGUGUAAAUACUGCCUAUGGCAGGGGUACUUAAGGACUGAGAUUUGAGAACCAGUGACAUAUAGGAUGAGAACUAGUUUUAGUAGUUACAUUUCUUUGGCCUACCUGUUUAGAGUGCCAUUCCACCCAUUAGUGAGUCACAUGCAGUUCAGCAAUUCCAUUAACAUUACAUUGUACAAACAGUGCGCUUGACGUCAGCUAGGCUUAUGCCAGUGCCAGCAAUGUUCCCAUGAAACCUCUUUUAGAAAAAAGUCCAAUUUGCCCUGCAAGCUAAUGAGGUUUGUUGUAUGAAAAGGCAAAACUAGCUAGCAUAUAUGCUAAACCAACUACAGACUAUCCAGCCAUCAGUUGUUUUUCCUCUUUGUUUUAAGUACACUGACUGGCCUCUUCACUAAGUACACUUGUAUUAUUCACUAAGUACACUAAGUAUACUUGUUUCUACGCCCAUUAUCCCUUUUAUUUGCUUCACUUACUAUAUAGGUGCCCUUUGUAGUUCUGCAGUUACAUCCUGUAGUCCAUCUGUUUCACUGCAUAAUUUGUUAGCCCCUUUUUUCCUGUUCUUCAAAGAUCAGCACCCUCACAGAACCACCACAGUGCAGGUAUUACCUGGAGUCAACAGUGUUAAAAACUCCAGCAGCACCACUCAUACCAGAGAAUGAUCCACCACCCAAAUGAUACCUGCUCUGUGGUGGUCCGUGGGGGUCCUGACUAUUGAAGAACAGGGUAACAAAGUAUGCCGAGAAACAGCUGGACUACAGUCUGUAUCUAUAGAACUACAAAGUGCACCUAUAUGGAAAAUGUAACUGGUGAAAUAAGCAAUGAGUGUAUAUACAAAGAGGUGUACUUUUGAAGUGCUUGGUUGGUGUGUACCUUCUCUGAUGGACAAAUAAUAUUGUUCACUGUAAAAAAAAAAGCCAGCCAGAAAUCAUAGUUAGUCAUUGUUUUCAGAAAUAAUUGAUACUGCACAUUUAC